CAACAAUUCUUCAUUCGUAGCAGGCUCGAGGACUCGAGAACGAUUGAGAGAGACGAGGAGCCGACGACCGACCGGCCACUGCUGCAACGUGCAAUCCGGCGGCUCAGACAGUGAUGACAUCUGAGGAACCCACAAUUUCCGCCCAAUUGGCUCAAGCAACCAGGAUUAUCUGUCGAGUAUGCCAAAAGCAAUUUUCAAAGUACACUUGCCCUCGAUGCAAUUCCCGAUAUUGUUCACUUCACUGUUACAAGGCUCAUAGUCUCCGUUGCACGGAAUCGUUCAUGCGAGAAAAUGUUGAGGAGGAGCUCCGACAACUGCAACCUGAUGAUGAAACAAAAAGAAAAAUGCUAGACAUACUCAAACGACAUCACACAGAAGAUGAGAUGGAUGAAGACGACUCUCCUCUGUCUGAAGAGACCAUUCAGAAGAUUUUAUCUGGAAAUGAAGUCAGUUUAGAUGAAUUAUCUGCAGAAGAAAUGAAGCAACUCCAAAGAGCAGUUGCAUCUGGAGAAUUAAGCAAAAUGAUACAGCCUUGGGAACCCUGGUGGUUCAAGCAUUCUGCAAGAAUGAUUUCUCUCAGCCGUGAGGGAACUAAGCUUGUUCAGCCACUUAAUGAGGAAGAUGUCAGAAAAUCAACAGAAGAUGAUUCUGAAAGCGGCCAGUCAACUAUUAUACCGCCUGGGCCUGAAACUCCACUGCCACCCGUCAGCAAGCUGAGUUCCAUAGCGCCAUCCCCUCUUUUAGCAGUUCAUCUGGUUGACACUAUAUACUCCUAUUGCUUCACUCUACGUUUCUACAAUGGGGAUUGGCAAUCUGAUGCCCUUGGUGCGGCCAUGGUGGUAUUGAAUGUCUCCUCUGUCUUGGGUGAAGGUGGACAGCCAGAGACAGUAUCACAAGCACUUUCCCAUUGCUUGGAGCAGACAUGCUCACCUGCUUACAGGCAUGCUGGUGGCUUGAGUUUUGGGAUAUGUCUUCUUGAUGAUUUAGUAAAGCUACUUUCUCUAGGUGGAGCUGCUUUAGUGUGCCUGCUCUGUGAUCUACAGAGGCUGAUUCAGGCUGGACAGAGGGAACUGAAGGCUGAAAAACCCAGGAAGCUGAAAAGGGUGGAAGUGGGGACUAAGCUUAAGCUUGCUGAGAAGAAGGUUUACUUUUUGAUGUGUUGGGUUCAUGAGCAACCAAAGGAAUUUUGGUCUUCAUUGAUGACCAUUGUUGGGGUGGAGAAGGAUUUGAUUGCAUCUGUGGGACAUGAAGGCAGUCAUGUAAAAGUGGAUGCGAAACCAGAAUCCAAGGGUAAGGUCAUAAUUGAGGAGGUUUAGGGAAUUCCUCAUUGGAACGGUUUAAUGUAAACCGUUUUGUAUAGAUGGUUAAGCUUAUCAUGUAACACAUCUUACUCAAUUGAGACGUGCAUUAUCCAAUAAACAUAU